AUGUCGAAUUUAGCCGAAUCUCAGUCUGACGACAGCGAAAAUGAGAGACUCCCCAACGAGAUCCAGGGCGAGGAGGAGUCGAGUGGAAAUGAAUCCAGCGACGAAAGCUCUGAUCAUUCCGAUGGUGGAGGCUUGCUCGACACUAUGGCUGCAGAUACCGAUGAUGACUCGGGUGAUGAGUCUGACGACGAGGACAACGACCACUACGAAACUGGACUGAGAAAAAGCUCGAAUACCGAUUACUUCCCACAAUUCUGUCGCCUUCCUAUUGAGUUGCGGAAUCGCAUUUGGGAAUUAUUUUGCCCCGAACUUUGCGCUCGCUAUCGCGUACUUGAUUUUCUCAUCUCUUAUGGAACCACCAGGCACCCCGAAUCAGCAACCUCCCUCGUCUGGACUGUACGCGACGGUAUUGCUUUGGAGGAUCAGACCAGGAAUCUACGCACUGUUUUCGCAGUCUGUCAAGAAUCGCGCGCCUUAGCGACCAACGCCUUCCCGAAUUCUCUCAGCAUUGAUGCUGGUACCGGAGAUGCCAUCGUCGCUUUCAAUCAAAAUUCCGAUGUCGUUCUUGUGAAUGGACUUACUUGUCCGCCUGGUAGAAAUAUCUUCCACCUACCUGAAUUUGCCAGCGAAAUCAAAAACCUGGCUCUUGGCGGUCCUGAUAUUCUCGACAACCUCAGUGGAUCUGACGUUCCCACUCUUGUGAACCAGUUCACACAACUCGAGACUUUCUACGUCGACGUGUCAAGCACAGACUGUCAGAAGUCCAGUUUGGCAUGGUGCACUUCAGACCUCGUCAACCAUUAUCAAACUCAAACGUAUGAAAAGCAGCCUGGACUUGGAGAGGACCUACAGUUCUUGUGGUGCUGGCCUGACCUGCAACGACAUCCUGACUUUGCGAGGUUCCAAAUCAACAGAGACACAUGGGAUAACUUACCAGAUCCCUUGGGAAGCACCUUGGAGCGAAGAGGGCUCAAAGCAUGGCCUAUGGUCGCAUUUGAAUAUGAGCGUGGUCUCCGACGGUAUGAGAUGCUGCAAACACUCGGACCAGAUAUGGGAGACGACACAAGCUCGGAAGAGGAGGGGGAUGAUGAAGAUGAUGGAUCAAACCUUGACGAGUAUGAGAGCGAUGGCAUCGACGAUAAUGAGAUUCUGGAGACAUACGACGAUUCAGACGAAGAAGGCAUCUCAUUAGCCAGCGGAUCUCCGGCACCCGCUAGCCGCGUGAUUCACGAGGUAUCCGAUGACGACGAUGAGGAGGAUGAAGAUGGAGAUGUCACAGGUGCAGGUACAGGUGUAGGUGCAAACUUUUCAAGUCCAGAGCCUGAGGAGGAACAUGAAUCAGUACCUGUGCAGCGUGGACGUAAACGUCGGGUGGUAUCUGAUUCCGACGAUGAAGAUGAGGAGGAUGUGCAGCCUACAAAACGUGCAAGAACAGGCCGUGUUGUUGAGUCUGACGAUGAAGACGAUGAGCCAGAGGUUGCACAGGUAGACCCACCUCAAAAGCGCUCAAGGACGAUUAUUUCCGACGAUGAGGAUGAUGAUGAUGCAUCAGAGCAAGGGGGCGUCUCUAGACAAUCAGACGCAGACGACGCAAGCGACUCUCAAGAAGACAGUGAGGAAGAGAGCGAAGAAUCAGAUGACGAUGCGCCGCCUGCGAAAAUGUCACUAGCCGAGAGGUUACGUCUCCAUCGGGAAGAGAACCCCGUCAAUAACCAAGACUCUGAUGACGAUGCAAGCAGCCGGACUGCUGAUGCGGACAGCGAAGACGAUGAGGAUGUAGAGCGGAACCCGUUCAUGAUAGGCAUGGCAGACGAGUCAGAUGGGGAAGGCGAAGACGAUGACGAGGAUGACUACUAA